CUCUCUCUAAAGGGGAUGACCCGGUUGCUGUUGACUAAAAUUCCAUUCUUCAAAGAAAUUAUUGUGAGUUCUUUUACCUGUGAGAGCUGUGGCUGGGUUAAUAAUGAGGUUCAGUCAGCUGGAAAGAUACAGGAGGAAGGAGUCCGGUACACACUCUGUGUUUCCUCCAAAGAGGACCUGAACCGUGAAGUUGUGAAAGCUGACUGCGCUACGACCAGAAUCCCUGAACUUGACUUUGAGAUUCCACCAUUCACACAGAAAGGAGCACUUUCUACUCUUGAGGGUCUGAUUGACAGAGCUGUAGCUGGACUAGAGCAGGACCAGCCCACACGGAAGGCAAUGGAUCCCAGCGUCGCCUUGAAGAUUGAGGAAUUUAUUGAAAAACUAAAGAAGUUGAAAGAUGUUGACGUGCCAUUUACACUGAUUAUUGAUGAUCCAUCUGGAAACAGUUUCAUCGAGAAUCCCCACGCCCCGCAGAAAGAUGAGGCGUUAACAAUUACUCAUUACAAACGAGAUGCUCAUCAGGACAGUAUGUUGGGACUGCAGAAGGCUACAGAAGAGGAGACACACACAGCCACCUUGGACGAAUUAAGGAAUGAGGUGUUACAGUUCAGUACCAACUGUCCAGAGUGCAAUGCACCUGCUGAAACCAACAUGAAGUUACUGCAGAUCCCCCACUUUAAGGAGGUGAUCAUUAUGGCAACAAACUGUGGAGCUUGUGGACACAGGACCAAUGAGGUGAAGUCGGGAGGUGCCACAGAGCCUCUGGGCACUAAAAUCACACUGCGAAUUACAGAUCCUUCUGACAUGACCAGAGACCUGCUGAAGUCUGAAACCUGCACCGUUUCUAUUCCAGAGCUGGAAUUUCAGCUUGGAAUGGGCAUUCUUGGAGGAAAGUUCACCACUUUGGAAGGGUUGCUGACAGAUAUGAAAGAAUUGAUUAUGGCAAAGAAUCCAUUUUUUGCUGGGGACAGCUCUGCUCCUGAAAAAUCUGGAAAGCUCAGAGAAUUUGGGCAGAAGUUGGAUGAGAUUAUUGCGGGUAAGAGAGAAGCUCACAUCAUUCUUAAAGACUCAGCAGGAAACAGUUAUCUCCAGAAUUUAUAUGCUCCAGAUCCUGAUCCAGAAAUGAAGAUUGAAAAGUAUGAGCGCACAUUUGAAGAUAAUGAGGAACUUGGUUUGAAUGACCUGAAGACUGAAAAUUAUCAGGAGCAGGAAAUAGAUAAAUAAAACAGAGAGCAGGGAUCAGUCAGGACAGGGAUAGCUUGUCUGAUCCCUUGGUGUACCAUCUGAAAUGUUGAAAUAGAUAUUCAUCAAAAGAAAGGUGAUCUCAAAAGCGUUGAUCAUUGAAGUGUUUGUAAUAGAAUGUGAUGUGAAUGUGAAUACAUUUUGUACAAUUCACAGAUCCUGAAUAUUGGUUUGCCAGUUGAUUCAAAGUGAAAGAAGUUACUGGAUUAGUUGCUGGAUUUAUUGCUGUCUUUAUUAUGUGUUCUUCCAACCAUCCAAGGUGGGAGCAAAUAUCCACAUAGCCUUCAAUUGGGUCUUCCUGAUUAAACUGAAAUGAGGAUAAAUGGCAGAUGAGAGCUUAACUCACCGCUCGAUGCACUCAUUUGAUGCUUGAAUCUAAUAUUUUGAUGCUAACUCAUUCUGACUUCAUAUAAAAUAAAAUGCAGAAAGUCAUUUGCUUCUAAUUGCAGUACAUGUUGGAUUCACAAGUCUGACCAGGUAGAUGCUAUCAGUUGAAGUAAUGCACCAAAUGCAGCUUUCCAUUAUCUCUUUUGUAUUGUGGUUCAGUAUUUUGGGUUGUACAAUCUGGAGGUGACCAAACUACAAGUAGUCAAUCAAUCAGGAAACAGUAUUGCCCAAUAUAUAUCGUAUAAUUGUUCCGUACAAUUCCACGCAUUUAAUUGAUGGUCCGAAUGAGGUGAUGGAUUUGAUGCUUGAAUUGACUGGUGAUUGUACAAUCUGAGAAGCUGUUCCUAUGUGCUGCAAGACUAUGACUCAUUAAGUCUGUGGGAUCAAUGUAGCUUGAAAAGUUGGCUGCACGUUUUGAGUACCUUCCAGGAUGUUGUAUGUUCGUAGAAUUAUUUUAAGCAGAAUUGCAUUUUGUAACCACCAAAUCCAUCAUUCUAUUUCACAACCCUAAUCUCAGAUAACAUUCUGAAGCUUUCAACCAUUAACUUACUAUUUUGCUAACAAGCGUAAAAACAUUGAGAAAUUGGUAUUAUUCCAAAUAAUUUGCUAAUUGCUUGCAAUUUGCUAAUUGCUUGCUAAAUGGCUGGGUGUUUAUGUUGGUGAUUGAGCAUACAUUCAUAUUCUCUGUUGUUGAUAAUGGAGUGGAAUCCUACAUUUCUUUGAAAUAAAAGCAAAAUACAGAGAACCAAAAAUAAUGUUUUGGAAAUACUCCAGUUGGAUAACAACUGGAGAAUUUAAACUGACAACACUUUCCCUGUCCAGAGAUGUUGCCUAAUUUGAGUAUUCCUAGCAUUUUCUGUUAUUCUCUUUUUCGGUAUCCCUUGUAAGAUUCAGGGUAAUGGAAUCUUCAAUCCUGGUACAGUAUAUUUAAUAAAUAUAUUGACAUACCUUGUAA